CUACUCGGAAACACAUUGAUAAAAGCCGCCUCUAUUUACCCAUUCAUUCCUACACAAACAAACCCCCACGUUUACAAACUCUGUCUCCACCAUCCUCUCAUUUCCCACGUUUUCAACACUCCCCAAAUGACACACUACCACCCCUUCCCCGUCGCCACCACCACCACCACCCUCUCAACGCUCGACCCCUUCGUCUCCUCCACAGACACGUGGGCCCCAGCACAAGAAUCUCUCCAACACGGCCUCCAAUCUCUCAUCGAAAAUGCUAAACAGCCCUGGACUUACGCUAUCUUCUGGCAACCCACAUCCUCUGUUCUCGGAUGGGCUGAUGGCUACUACCAAGGCGAUGAUAAACAGAAGAAAUCGCAACCAAUCAGCGCUGCUUCAGCUGCUGAGCAGCAGCACCGGAAAGAAGUGCUUCGGAGCCUCAAUUCUUUGAUUUCCGGCGCUGAGGCUUCUUCUAGUGACGACAAUGGUGAUGAGGAAGUCACUGAUACUGAGUGGUUCUUUUUGAUUUCGAUGACCCAGAGUUUCGGAUCCGGGUCGGGUCUUCCGGGUCGGGCUUUUCAGACGAAUUCGUUCAUCUGGGUCAGUGGAGGUGAUCGGUUGAUGAGUUGUGAGUGUGAUAGAGCUGCACAAGCUCAGAGUUUUGGGUUGCAGACUUUGGUCUGUGUUCCUGUUGGGAAUGGAGUUGUAGAGUUGGGAUCUACUGAUUUGAUUUUUCGGAGCUCGGGUUUGUUGAAUCAGGUGAAUAUUUUGUUCGAUUCAAAUGGCGGCCAAUCGGGGGAUUGGACAUUGGGUUUGGAUCAUAGUGAGUGUGAUCCGUCUGAGGGUUUUGUCAGGGAAGUGGAUUUGUCUAAGUCUAAGAGUGUUGUGGUUGAGAAUCAUAGUUCUAGUACUUUGACAGAGAAUUUUAACCCGAGUUUUAGUAGUGCAAGUCAUGUCCAGAGUCAACAAUUUGAUCGGAAUCAAGGAGGUAGGAGUGCAGUUGUGAUUGAAGAAGUGAACUUUUCGCACAGUGGGAUUGAUGGGAUUAGUAGUACUAAUGUUGGGAAUGGUUGUAAGGGGAAAUCAAGUGAGAUACUGAAUUUUGGGGAAAGUAAAACGAGUAAUGGAAAUGAGUUCACUGGGAAUUCGCAAUUUGGGGGAGUUGUGGAGAGUAAGAAGAGGUCUCGGGAUGAUGGUAUGUGGUCGUUUUCUGGUGUGAAAUCUAGUGGAGGUGGUGUGGGUGAUUCUGAUCAUUCGGAUCUUGAGCCUUCUAUGUUAAAAGAGGUUGAGAGUCUUCAAGUUGUGGAGCCAGAAAAGAAGCCACGAAAGAGGGGAAGAAAGCCUGCAAAUGGGAGAGAAGAACCGUUGAAUCAUGUUGAGGCGGAGAGGCAGAGGAGGGAGAGGCUUAAUCAGAAAUUUUAUGCUCUUCGUGUUGUGGUACCUAAUGUAUCGAAAAUGGAUAAAGCUUCACUUCUUGGAGACUCUAUUAUGUAUAUCAACGAGCUAAAAUCUAAGGUGCAGGCGGCGGAUUCAGAGAAAGAUGAGCUGAGGAGUCAGCUGGAGACUUUAAGAAAGCAAUUGAGCAUUAAAGAAGCACAAUGUUUAGUUCAAUCAGGACCUAAGAAGGAUUCUAACUUGUCAAAGGUACAUGGAAGCAAGUUGAUAGAUUUGGACAUCGACGUCAAGAUUAUUGGCUGGGAUGCAAUGAUUCGUGUACAAAGCUCUAAAAAGAAUCACCCUGCAGCCAAGUUGAUGGCAGCAUUGGAAGAUCUGGAUCUUGAUGUCAUCCAUGCAAGUGUAUCUGCUGUCAAAGAUUUGACGAUCCAACAAGCUACUGUGAAGAUGGGGAGUCGAUUAUAUACCCAAGAACAGCUUAGAGUAGCAUUAACAGCCAGAGUCUCGUAAACAAUAUAACUUUUGUUUUUCUUUACUGAAUGUAUCAAGGCUCUGGGAAAUUCUUAAUAUCCCAGUAGCUAGAGAUGUGUGAUGAUCCAUGUACAUGUUCUUCCAUAAGUAAAUUGUUGUAGCACAGUGUUAUAGUUUCUUUGUUCAUGUUAUUAUGAUAAUGCAAAUGAUACACUUGUAUUAUGUUCACAGAA